AUGAAAGACGGCUCAGUUACAGGUUCGCCGCUCAACUUCAAAACGGCAGCGGGACGGACAGCGGUGCUGACGACGCUGUUCCUGCAAGUGCUGACUCUGGCCUUCUACACCAGCAACUUAGUCUCGGCUCUGGCCGCGGGACCUCCCUUGCCGGUCUUCAAGAAUCUCCAGGAUAUACACAAUGAAAAAUCCUUCACCUUCGGCUUCCUAAGAAGUUCCUCGAACGCCAACGACUUUCGGGUAGGACUCUCGCUCCUGCUUUCGCGCCCGGACUCCCAGUCUCCGCUGUACCAGAGCGUGUGGCGCAGGCUGAAGGACGAAGACCUCGUGGCCAGCUACACCGACGGGAUGGAGAGGGUGUUGCGGGAGAAAUACGCUUUGCUCAUUUCGGAAGUUUUCUAUGCGUUGAACUUCGGGCGCCACUGCAAGGUCUUCAUGCUGCCCGCCGUCUACUUUCCGAACUACCUCUCCUUCGCUCUGCCGAAGGGCUCUCCGCUCGGGCCCAUCCUCAAUAAAGUAGUCUUGGACAUCCUCUCCGCCGGACUGAUGAGGAAGUGGUGGCUGGAGACCUACGACAGCAACACGAAGUGCAACCUCCUCGAGACGGCGCCCAUCGAGCUGAAGACUGUCCUCACGCCCUUCCUCCUCCUGGGCCUGAGUAUCCUGCUGGCACUCGGGGUCCUGGCUGGGGAGCUGGUCGCUUCCAGGCGGGCCCUCACGAAAUUAGUGUUACUAUGUAACAUUAACCCUAACCCCUUUGACGUAUUUGCCGAACCAGAGGCUCCACUUUCAUGUCCCCAGAUUGAGAAGGUGGUAUAA